AUCUACAGUUAUUAAUGAUCAUGAGUUCUUUUUUAAUGAACCCGGCAUCGUAUGCCGAACCAAAAUUUCCACCAACUGAGGAUUAUAGUCAAUCGAAUUAUCUAGGACCGCCGAGUUCGGAUUAUUACAGACAUAAUUUUCAUAAUUUCGGAUACGGUCCAAGGUAUGAUAUUGACGAGAAAUAUUCGCCAAAUGUGUACAAUCAAAUAUCGUGUGAUAACGACAUUUUGAGCAAGCGCUUAGCGGAACACCAUACACCGCCACAGCACUAUCAGCAACAAAAUCAUCAUCAUCGGCAUUCGCAGCAGCAACAGCAGCAGAAUCCACAACAGCAGCUGUCGCCACCGUUGGCGCACGGACAGUCAUCCAACAACUCCUCCAUCAGUUUGACGCCGACGAGUUUAAUAGCCGCCACCAGCCCCGUGGGUGCUGGCGUACCAAGCAAUACAAACAGUUCAAACUUACCAAAUAACAGACUAAAUGGGUUCACUUCGCCGACGACGACAGAGCCGGAUUCUCCCGACGGCUCCAAAAGCCCACAGUCGGUACCGUCGCCCGGAAGUCAAGACUCUCCCGAGAGUUCCAGUUCCCGGGAACAGAACGGUGGUCAACCAGUUAUCUACCCGUGGAUGAGAAAGUCGCAGACUGGGAAUAACCCGUCUGGAAACUCAGGUGCCACGAACUCAAUUCUCUCGGAAACCAAACGGAACCGAACGGCUUAUACCCGGCACCAGAUUCUUGAGCUAGAAAAAGAGUUCCACUUUAACAGGUAUCUCACACGGCGGCGCCGUAUCGAGAUCGCCCACACGCUCGUGCUCUCCGAGAGACAGAUCAAAAUCUGGUUCCAGAACCGCCGGAUGAAAUGGAAGAAAGAGCACAAGCUGCCCAACACGAAAACGAGGCUUAUGGACACCAGCGGGGUCGGUCACUUUGACCCGAACAGUUUCCUCGCCAUGCAUCAGAUCGGACACCAUAUGAGCAUGAUGCAUCACGACCUGGGCAUGUGACACGCGAAACGACCGGCGUCAUUUCCGGUUCUGUUUUAGAGACACUUCCUGUGUAAACUGCGGCCUCGCUCUGACGUUUGUAUGCGUUAGCCCCUCCCAAAAAAAAGAACAAAGACAAAAAACGUGAUGCGUUUAGUUUUCGCUACGAAUUUCUCGGAAGAUAUUAGUACGUAUAUAGUGGAGAUAUGACAUGUGCCAGGUGACACGGGUAAAAGACGGUCGUGAAUAAAGUCACAAAAAACAACAAAAUAAAGUGCUUGAUAAAUAUUUUAUGAAACUGAGCUCGUUGUAACACUGUUAUAUUAUAUACAGUUAUAUUACAAUUCAUUUACAAGAAUAUGAACCAAAUAGGUAAGAGGAGAUUUUUCGAAUGCUAUAAACACACACGGCAAAAGGAAUAGAGUUCUAACAGGGUGAUGAUAAUUAUAAC